GUCUGUUUGAUCUGGUCUAUUUGUUCAAGAGGAGCCCACAUCAAAGUUCAGUUUUGUAUUCAAUUCUUUGCUCUUAGUCUCACAAACAGAAGCAACACAGCACUUCCCACCAGCACACAGCAAAGCCUUCAGAAUGUGGGUCAUUACUGUCAUCUCUGUGGUCUGUCUGCUGGUGAGUCCAUCCCUGGCUGGGAUCAAAGACCUCAGCACUCACUUCACUGAACCUGAACCAGAACCAGAACCAGAACCAAGAGGUUUUGGACCAGUAGGAGGAGCGGACAUAGAGAACAUCCCUAUGGAGUUCCACAAAGAAAACACUGUUACUAAUGACCUCAUUUUUGAUGGCUUUGAGGAUGAAGAUUAUCUUGAUUUUGAUAAGAUCCUGGCUGCGGGCAGUGACGACUAUAUUGAAGGGGACGAAAUAGAUGAGAUCGCCACACCAGCCCCUGACAUCGACAUCUUUGCCGAACCCUCCGACCCAAAGAUCCGCCGUGCCAGACUCCUACGGCUGUUCCACGGUCGGUCUCGCCUCCAGCGCCUCAACAUCGUCAAUGCCCAUUUUGGUUUCAACCUCUAUCGAAGUCUUCGUAACGAUGUCAACCAGAGUGACAACAUCCUGCUCGCACCUGUUGGGAUCUCUGUCGCCAUGGGGAUGAUGUCUUUAGGGGCAGGAUCUGGAACCCAUGAUCAGAUCUACAAAGCUCUGGGCUUCGCCGAGUUCGUCAACGCAAGCCAUCACUAUGACAACACAACAGUGCACAAGCUCUUUAGGAAGCUGACACACAGGCUCUUCAGGAGGAACUUUGGUUACACGCUGCGCUCUGUAAACGAUGUCUACGUAAAGAAGGAUGUCACAGUGAAAGAUACGUUCCGUAAGGAGACAAAGGCUUAUUAUUUUGCAGAGCCGCAAUCAGUGGACUUCAGGGACGCUGCUUUUCUGAACAAGGCCAACCGUCGCAUCCUAAAGCUGACCAAAGGGCUGAUCAAGGAACCUCUCAAGAGCGUGGACCCAAAUAUGGUGCUGAUGCUGCUCAACUACCUGUACUUCAAAGGUACAUGGGAACAGAAAUUCCCCAAAGAAGUGACUCACUAUCGUAACUUCCGAGUUAACGAAAAGACAAAUGUGCGCGUUCCAAUGAUGACCAACAAGGGGAACUAUCUGGCUGCUGCCGACCACGAGCUAGACUGUGACAUCUUACAGCUCCCUUACGCAGGAAACAUCAGCAUGCUCAUUGCCUUGCCUAGGAAGAUGACUGGCAUGAGGACCCUGGAGCAGGAGAUUUCCCCCACUGUUGUCAACAAGUGGCUCAAAAACAUGACUAACAGGACUCGAGAGGUGGUGUUGCCUCGGUUUAAACUGGAGCAGAACUAUGACUUGAUUGCAAAUCUGAAGGAGAUGGGCCUCACUGACUUGUUCCAGGAGAGUGGUGAUUUCUCUGGAAUGACCUCUGAAAAGGUUUUAAUGAACUGGCUGAAGCACCAGGGAACCAUCACUGUGAAUGAAGAGGGGACUGAGGCUGCUGCUCUGACCCAAGUGGGCUUCAUGCCCCUCUCCUCUCAGAUCCGCUUCACUGUGGACCAUCCCUUCCUCUUCCUGAUCUACGAGCACCGCACAGACUGCCUUGUGUUCAUGGGCCGGGUGGUCAAUCCUUCACAGAACUAAACUUGACCCAAAAGCUGUUCUAAACAGCUCAAAUAAACCCUGGAGGUUAAAACAUCCAAUUAUUGCUGUGUUUUCACUACAUUGUUUGGCUCUGUUCAACUCAACUCUACCAGGUGCUUUUCUCUAUUUCCAAUGCAGAUAGUACCCACUCAAUCUAGGCGGGAUUCUCAGGUGAUCACCGUAGUGCUGCCGCAUGAAAGUGCAGUGAAAAACUUUUAUGUGACAUACGCUGAAUCCUUGCAUCGGUAACCAAACUGAAGGAAUGUCUGCACAACUCUACCGCAUAGUUUUAUAGGCUUUUUUAAAAAUCUGGGUUGAGUGAAUAAAAAAUCUGCCACCGUUAUUGACGGUAGCUUGGCAAAUUUAAAUAACGGGUUUAUGCAGGAUGUCUUGUGUCGCACAGCUCUCUCUGACCAAUCAGUGGCCUGCACUGUUUUAACCCCACCCUCUAAUAUUGGCUCAGCUUGCUUGGAACCUUGACAGGUGGUAUGAAAAAAGUAUAAUUUACUAUCCACAACUUUUGCUAAUUAAAAAACAGAAAAGAGUGAGUCGAUUUGAGUAUAGCCGUGCCGUGCCAUGCAGUGGAAAUGCAGCAUAAAACAUCAACAAUUUUAAUAGCUGGGUCGUUGUUUUUUAAUAAUCACUUACUUUAGUACAACAUGUACAGGUAACAUAAGUCAUGACUCUUUAUGUGUAUGUAGUCUCUUAUUAAACAUCUAAACUUC